GUAUCAAUUUAGUAACCCUGGGGAAUUGCAUGGACUCAGAGGGUGUCAUCCCUCUCAACAACAGUGUUUUCAAUUCGAAAAUGACGAACCACACAGUCGUUUUUUACCACUUUUAUUUGAGCCCAGUAUCAAGGGCUGCCUUGCUUUUGACGAGAGCUCUGGGAAUCAAACACACUGUCGAAGUUGUUAAUCUUUUAACAAGAGAACAUAUGAGUCCUGAAUUCAUCAAAAUGAAUCCCUUGCACACUGUACCUGUUCUCAACGAUGGAGGAUUCAUAAUAUAUGACAGCAUCGUCAUAAUGAAAUACUUGGCCAAUCAGUACGGCAAAGACGAUAGUCUGUAUCCUGCGAGUCCUAAAAAAGCAGCCUUGGUCGAUCAAAGGUUGUUUUUCAGUGCUACGUAUUUGUUCCCAAGAUUUCGAGCAUUCUAUACCCCUACAUUAAUAUUCGGUAGUCCACCAGAUGAGGAAAAUCGUACCAAUCUCAAUGAAGCUCUGCAAUUUUUGGAUACAUUUUUGGAAGGUCAAAAAUGGGUUGCAGGGGACAACAUGACUAUUGCCGAUUUUUCGAUCAUCACUGUGAUUGCCACGAUCGAGGCUGCUGGAUCUAUCGACCUGCCUUCUUUUUCCAACGUCUGGAGCUGGUAUCAAAGAACUAAAUCAGCCAUGGAAAGUUUCGGAUACGAAGAAGUUUGUCAGACAGGUGCAGAUGCUUUCGGAUCGGCUUAUAAGAGCAAACUCAAGUGAAAAAAGUCAAUGAUUGUACCUUUAAAAAUGUCUCAUACAUUACUAUUCGACGAAAUUAUGAAACCCAAAAUGUUUUUCAUUAGAUUAUAAACUGUAGGUAGGUACUUCAAGGUUUAUUAUUCACUUUAUAAAACACUGAUAAUUAUUGUCACUAAAAUAUUUUUACUUUGUGAUUUAAAGAGAGAAUUUCGAAGGUGUUUCAAUGAAAUAAACUGAUUUUCAGUUUCUUUCAUCAUUAUUAUUAGUUUUACUAACAAGAUUAUAUUAGCUAUUUUUUUGUAAAAUAUUCUUGAAUACAUUAUAUUGAUAAUGUAAGAAAGUUAUAAACUAUACCGAUUUCAUAUCAUUGUCGAUGGUAAUUAUAAGAAAAGU